CAAAGGAAAAAUAGAGAGAGAGAGAGAGAGAGAGAGAGAGAGAGAGAGAGAGAGCUUACCCUUCGUCGGCGGUGGUGGUUCUUUGACUGUGUACAGUGGAGAUGGGCUCGGCGGUGUACAGUGCUUGUGGGCUUGCGGCGUACGGUGGUUCAUGAGCUGUGGUCGCACAGUGCUUUGCGUUCACGAUUUAGCAUCGCGUGAAGGGGUGGCUGAUUCGCCAACCGAAAGGAAUACGGUGGGGGAGGGAGGAGCAAGGUAGGGUAGAGAGGAGCGAAGAUUUUGGGAGGAGACAUUUUUGAGCGAGCAAGGUAGGAAUGCGUUUUGAAAGUUUUGAAGAAGAAGGGGAUAACGGAGGGACAAUGGCGUCAAUGGCCUCUUUACCCGUUAACUUUCUUUCGUAUGACGUGCCUAAUUGAUAGCCUUCGAUUGUUUUAAAAAAAUCGUAACCGUGAACCGGCUUGUAUCCAGUUCAACACAACUGGAGACGAUCCUAUUCCAUUCUCUUGGUGCUACGUUGCAGUAUGCCCUUACCCAGCUCUAGGUUCUUCUUCCAGGCUCCAGCGUUCUGCGUUGUCAACAGAGCGUCUGGAUUUCCACCCCCGAUGCUCCUUUUUCCCACCCUUGCUGUUCUGCGUUGUCAACAGAGCUGUCUUCCUCUUCCCCAACGAUGAACUUGUCGUCGGAAUGGAAGUCCCUCUUCCCAAUCUCCACAGUCUUCGCCCCUCCACUCCUCCUCUCAGGCCCUUCAGCCAAACCCAUUCUCGGCCCUCUCCUCUUCAACCCUAUCCCCCGAACACUGACCGUCAUAUUCUCCUCCCCUUCCCUCUUCCCCCGCUCUCUCCCCCCUCCUCCCCACCUCUCUUUGCCAAGAUUCCUCCUCACCUCCUCCUCUCUUACCCACUCCACCUCCUCCUCCAUCGCUUCCCUCCUCGGCCCCCUCCAAAACGACGCCGCUUCCCAUCUCCUCCACAACCGCCUCUCUUUCCUACAACUUCCCUGUUCCAACUCUCUCCUCGUCUUCUUCCCAACCGGUGCCAACUCCGAGCAAGUCGGAUUCUUGGGGCUGUCCGUGAACGGUUCGGGGUCGGGUUUCGAUGUUCGGGUCGAUAAAAACGGCGAUGUUUUCUGGGAAAGGACCGGGUUCCAGUAUCGGAUUCUCAGGAUCUCGGUGAACCCGGCGGUCGGUUCGGGUGCGAUUCCGGCAGGUAAUUCGGGUUCCUUUGUUAGCGUUGGGUAUGUGAUGGCUUCUACGUUGUAUUCUGUGCAUUGGUUUGCUGUGAAGGUUAAUGGGCUUGGUUUGAGUUCGGAGAGGCCGGGUUUGGUUUGUUUGGGGAGUAAGGUGUUUAAGAGUUGCUCUGUUGCGUGGGCUUGUUGGAGUCCACAUUUGCUGGAGGAGAGUGUGGUUCUGUUGGAGAGUGGCGAAUUGUUCUUGUUUGAUUUGGACUCUUGUUCGAAAGCUGGUGCUUCGAAUGCACGUUUUAGAGGGACUAGGUUGCGGGUUCCCUGGGACGAUGAUUCGGGUACCUCAGGGGCUCAUAAAUGGUUGUGUUGUGAGUUCAGUUGGCAUCCUAGGAUUUUGGUGGUCGUGCGGUCCAAUGCGGUUUUUUUGGUCGAUUUGAGGUUUGAUGAAUGUGUUGUGAGUUGUUUGGCCAAGGUUGAGAUGUUGAGAUUGUAUGCAAAUGUUAAAAACGAACGGUUCCUUACGUUUACGAUGGUGGAUUCUGAUCGUUUUUGUUUUGUGCUGGCUUCGGAUAGUCUGUUGCUUCUUUGUGAUGUGCGGAAGCCGAUGGUGCCGGUUUUGCAAUGGGGUCAUGGUCUUGAUAAACCUUGCUACAUUGAUGUGUUUAGAUUGACAGAAUUGAGAUCAAACUCGAGGGAUGAUACAUAUAGGUGGGCUUCAGAAUCGGGUUUUUGCAUUAUAUUGGGAUCUUUUUGGAAUUGUGAGUUUAAUCUCUUUUGCUAUGGACCUACUUCACCAGUCCCCAGAGAUUGCAUUGCUUCUGAAGUUUUGGAAGCUUUGAAAACUGUUUAUGCAUGGGAGCUCCCCACAGAUCUCUUAUUGUCAGGCCGUGAUUGUCGGUGUGGAAGCUGUCUCGUCAGAGAGGAGAUUUUGAAGGAUGAUCUUCCUGAAUGGAUUGAUUGGCAGCAGAAGAAAGAAAUAGUUUUGGGUUUUGGCAUCCUAAACAAGGGUUUAUCUUCGCUGCUUUGUGGGUCAGAUGAAUUUGGUGGUUUUACACUGAUAAGGCUUAUGUCUUCAGGGAAGCUUGAAUUACAAAGAUAUCAUGCUUCGUGGGAUUAUGUAAACAAUUCGAAAGAAUUUCAUAGAGAAUUGUUGCAUUUUGAAGAUAAUUUCCUCUAUAUUCAGGAUGAAGAGGAAUACAGAUUUCCCAGAAGAUUCAAAUACCUGAAACUCGAUAACCUCUUGGCAUAUUUAAAUGGUAACCUUAGUAAAGUCCUAAGUUCAAAAAUGAAAAAGCCUUUUAAGGGUACUCGAGAGAAUAACUCUUUUAGUACAGAAUCUCAUGAAAUCUUGUGCGAGAAGUUGAAGGCUUGUGGGUUUGGUCGAUUGAGAUCAUCUCCUGCUGUUGCUGUUGUUUUUAAUGGCAUCAGCUCGCCAGCAAGCAUCCAUGAGGUUGCUUUGAGGAGAUUGUGGGCAGGCCUGCCAAUGGAACUAUUGCAACUUGCCUAUUCCAACUACUCAGAGUUCCUUGAAGUACUUGUGGACCAGAAAAAGGUAGCUUUGGAAUUUCUAGUUGUUCCAGACCUACCUCAAUUGCCUCCUUUCUUCUUAAGAAAGCCUUCAUGCCGUAGCAAUAAGUGGUCACAGAAAGUUCAGCGAGAUGAUGCUCUUGUAGGUCCAGUUCUUCCUCUUCCUGUUCUACUUACACUUCAUGAAUAUCGUAACGGCUAUUCUGAUAUGGAAGAAGCAGGUGGAUUUUCAUUGGAGAAGGAACUUAACCUGCGAUAUGAUGAAGUCAAGCAGGUGGCCAGUGAAAUGGCCGUGUCAGAUUCUGGUUGUGAGCUUCAUGAUGACCCUGAUGUAUCCCUUGCUGAUGACAGAGAAGAUAUGUGGGGCGCCUCUCAAAAGCCAAAACCUUUCUGUUUAUACCAUCCAGUUGCACUCAAGUGCUCUACCAUGGAUCAAGGGAAGGGAAAUGUCUUUGAAGACAAGAAAUUUGAUAUCAUGAUUUUUAAAGUGUCUGAGAAGAAGCAUGUUCCUAAUGGCAACGUUUCUGACCCGCACAAAAGGUGUAACGAUCUGGGCACUGUCUUAGAGAGAGACUCGAAAACUGUUGGACCAGAACUGUUUGAUGAUCUGUGCUCCAGCGAGUUGCAGUUUGAUGCUUCUGUUAAGAACUUUGGGCCAAAAGAAUUGAAGGCAUACAAUGGUUUGAAGAGGCAAUGGUCCAAAUGGCAAGAUGGUUUUAAUUUAUAUAAGGAAUUUUGCAGUCCGUCUAGGUUCCAAAAGCAAUCUACAUGAUUCUUUGGUUACAUUGGGGCGCCGAAUAUGAUAAAAAGAAAUAUGAAACUUACACUUUUUUUUGUCUAAUACGUUAUGCUGUUGAGGAAACAUGGAGCUUAUGGGCUUUGGAGCUUUGGUGUCCAAUCCAAAUAUGAUCCACUAUCAUUACCCCUUUUUCAAUGAGGUGGAAGUGGUCAUGAGCCUGCGCAUGCGGGAUUUAUGGGGGAGGGGAUGCUGACAGCAGCUAUUUGUGGGGAUUUUUUGCCUCUCCACCAGUUGAUUCAAUUCUAGCUGGCAUCCGUGCUGUAACUGGUCCUAUGGGAUGUCUUCUAAUUGUCAAGAAUUAUACUGGUGAUCGUUUAAAUUUUGGUUUGGCUGCUGAGCAAGCAAAAUCUGAAGGUUAUAAAGUGGAGGUUGCUGGAGCUGCUGCUGCUGGUGGUUUUUCCCUUGCUGAAGUUGCUGCUGAAGCAAAAUGUGCAUCAGAAAUGGUUGGAACAAUGGGUGUUGCGCUAUCUGUUUGCACACUUCCUGGACAGGGUACAUCAGAUCUUUUGGGUCCAGGAAAAAUGGAACUUGGCCUUGGAAUUCAUGGUGAACCUGGUGCUGCGUUGGCUGACAUUCAGCCUGUGGAUGUGGUGGUUUCUCAUGUUCUUAAUCAAAUACUCUUACCGGUAUGUUCCAAGUAUUUUAUGGUCAACUCUUCUUUUAGUGUAUUCCAAAACCAAAUUUGUACUCUAUCUUCUUCCAGUUAGGUGUCUCUCUUGUAUACUUAUUGUGUACUUGAGGUUGCGCCUUUGCGCUUUUUUAUUAACUUGCAAUUACUCAUUAAAAAAAAAUUGUGUUCCAUAUAUUGUAUUCCACAAAAUUAUGCUAAUGGCCCUCCAAGUGGCAUCUUCUCCCCCCAUGCCAAAGAGGGGAAAGGAAAAAAAAAAGGGGUGGGGGGGAGGGGAUCUUUGGUUACAAAAUUAUUCAGAAGGAAAAAAAAAAACAAUUUUAUGUCUGAUUAAUAUACAUGGUCUUGUGAAAAUAGCCUGAAAUGAGAAUUUUGAAGCAGUUAUGUUAUUCCAUCAUUAAUUUGCCAGGUUGUUCUUUAAAUGUUUCUCAUUGGAGUUAUAUAUUUCAUGUCAUUUAUGAAGUCUUGACGACAU